GAACGAUAUAAUUAAAACUAAUUAAUGAAAUAUACAAAAACAGUAUUAGCAAUCAUCCUUCUCCUCUUGCUCAGCGAAGCUAUUGCCAGAGACUUGAGAAGCUCUAGCAGUAGUAGAAGCUCAAGCAGAAGCUCGAGCAGAAGUUCAAGCAGAAGUUCUUCAAGAAGCAGCUCAAGUUAUGGAUCAAGUUCUUCUACGUACAAUGGAAGCGGAGAAUCUUGAAAAGGUAGUACAUUUAAAUGAGUUCUUCUACCUCUCAUCAUUAUUUUCGGCAUUCUGUUUGUCAUACUUGCUAUUGUAGGCAUCGUCCUCUGAUGAAUUUUUAUGCAGGAAUGCAUUAAAACAUUCUGUGAAUGUCUUUGUUGUUGAUGGUGCCAAGUUGUGUCUUCUCUUUGCAAAAAUCUAAGAUGAAAAUGAAAAAGGAAGAAGACAAAAGCUCCAUCAUCUCCAGCUCAACCAAAAGAAAUAUCUCAAGUCAACCGCAAGGAACUUGACGGAAAAUUCAAGCGAGAAGAAAUGAAUCAGAUAAGAAACAUUGAAGCAAAAGAAGCAUUAAAAGCAAAAAAUAACAAAGAAACCUUCGCUCAUAAUAUCAUUAAAAAUAUAAAUAAUAAAGUCCAGCUUGUUAAUCUACGUAAUUUCAAUGCCAAGUCUGAAAGAACAAAAAUUCCUUCCGAUCUUGAAAAAGGAAGUUCUCCGAACGAAUUUCCAUCAGAGUCUAAUAGUACUGAGCAUGAACCUGAAAGAUCGUUGUCAGUACAGUCUAUCGAAGACACCUCAAAAUCAGACUCAAGUGCUUCUUCAGACUCCAAAGCCCCUCAACCAGCUGAAGAACUGGUUUAAAAAUCCCUUCAUUUUAUUCUAAAAAAUUUUCAAUCUU